AUCCUCGUCUCCAUCCAGAAGAAUAAGUGAAACCCUAAUCUUUAUUGUCCCUACGUACAAAGAAUAUCUUACAUGACUGGUAUUCUUUGGCAGGGCUUCAAAAUGGCUUGGCUUUCACGCUGCCCAUUCUUUAUUUUUUCUGCUUCAGAUGAGCAUAAACCCUUAAUCAGCACCUCAUAUUCCCUCAGAGGCACUCUGAUAGAGGAGACGAUGGCUUCUAUGGGGAUGCAGAUGGUGGGAUUCGCCGUGGCCCUUUUGGGCUGGAUAGGGGUGUUCGCUGCCUGCGUGACACCCAUGUGGCGGGUUACUGCCUUCAUUGGCAGCAACCUAGUGACAGCCCAGGUCACAUUGGAGGGCAUCUGGAUGACCUGUGUGGUUGAAAGUACCGGCCACAUGCAGUGCGAUGACUACGAUUCCAUGCUGGAUCUAAGCUCUGACAUGCAGGCGGCACAGGCUCUGAUGGUGGUUUCAGUGGUCACAGGGGUCAUAGGGAUCUCCAUCGCUUUCACUGGUGGAAAGUGCACCAACUUUUUUCCAGAGGAGAGAGCAAAGGUGACGGUUUCAGUGACAGCAGGUGUAAUCCUGAUCAUCAGUGGAAUCGUCUGCCUGAUCCCUAUUUCAUGGACUGCCCAUAUGGUUAUAACGGACUUCUAUAACCCUUUGCUCCUAGAUGCCCAGAAAAGAGAGCUCGGUGCCUCUCUUUACAUCGGGUGGGUGGGUGGGGUAAUGGUGAUCUUUGGGGGAGUGCUUCUAUGCACCACCUGUCCCAGCGAAGAGGUUGAGACCCCCUCCGUGAGGUUCUUUCUCAACAAACAUGGAGGAAAUAGCAGAGAGGAUUCGGUCCGAUCUUUUACACCAAGCAAGACGUACAUUUGACAUUUGUAAACAGACAACCCCCAAUCAAGAGAGUAAGCACUUAGUCCUCAUAAGAGAAUCACACGCUGGAUGAAUGAAGACGCUUCUGUUGGAGAUUGCUUUGAUUAUUGGUGUUACUCUUUAGAAAUGAAGAUUUACAAUGUGGCAGUUUAAAUGAUAGAAACUCUGUGUUUUACAUGUUUAGGAAAUAUUUUGG